CAUGCGGCCGCAAUCUGACCUGGAAACUUGUUGCGAUUUAACCGCUGGCUGAAGCAGCUAGCAGCUAGCUACAUUAGGAAGCCAGGCUAAUUUGCGGCUACAGCAGAUAAACUCUCGUUAGGUUCAGUCUCCAAUGACACCCAGCGUCCAGAAAUGCUCCCGGCUACUGCCUGAUAUCCGGUCGCUCAGAUCUCCUAAGCCUUGUCUCCAGCCCACCGGGAGCUACCCUGAUCCAGAAAUCGCAGUAACUUCUCGAUAAAAUGGAUGCUGAUCGACAGAGGCGAAGAGAAGAGAUCCAGAGGGCAAUGAGCUUCAUCCAGUCAUCAUUGCCUUUCCCUGAGCCAGAGAGCUAUGAGGCAUUUCUGACCCAGUUGGUGUGCAACUUGCUCGACGAGGGAAAUUCUUGCUUUCGUGACGGUGACUGGCGUCAGGCAGCUCAGCAGUACGGAGAGGGAGUCAGCGUCGCACGCUACGCGCAGGCCGAAGCCGUCAUCAUCCCGCAUGAGCUGCUGGAGAGCCUCUAUGUUAACAGGGCUGCUGCCUUUUACAAGAUGAGGGAGUAUGAACGUGGCAUUCAGGACUGUGAGAGCGCACUGUGUGUGUCGGAGGGCAGCCGCAGGGCUCUGUACCGAAAGGCCCUCUGCCUGAGGGAGCUGGGAAGACUCAGGGAGGCUUAUGAGAGUGGAACCAAAUGUCUCCUAACAGCGCCACACGAUGUUCUGGUCAUCGACCUGGCCCAGGAUCUGGCCAACAAGCUGGGAUUGAAGGGCCGUAAAGCCUACGUCAGCCCGCAGACCGAGUCCACAUCUACGGAGGGCGAGAGUCACGGGGAAACGUCCCCGCCCACUGGAGAAAUGUCCUCCAAUGGGCUGGAGUCCCUGGGUGACAUUGGACCAGCGGACCUGACGGACGCACAGUGCAUCCCCGCCCCCUUGGCCACGCCCAUCCCAGUCAGCGAUGACCCAGCCAUCACGGUGGUGACCUCGUGCACCGAGCUCUCGGAGAGCCCCAGCAGCCAGACCCUGCCUCCCAUGCCGUACUCCGUCCCGGUGUCGGAGCACAUAGACGAAUGCAGCACCAGCGUCAUUAAGGACGGCUUGGAGAACCUUUUGGACUGUAUGCCCAAGAAAGUUAGUGAGAGCCCGGUUCAAGGUGCCAUCCCCACCAACCUCCCCAACACAGCUGUCGGCCUUCGGCCUCCUUACUCGCCGGGCCUUCCAGCGCCGUCGCCCCAGCUUCCCCCAGCCUUCUUCAGCUCCUCCAUCAGCGACAUGCCCCCCCUGGAGAAUUACACGUCGCUGCGGGACCAGGCCUCCACCCAAGCGCAGGACGCACUAGGAAGCUUUUCUGCAGGGGCCUCAGACGGAGAAGGAAAGGGAGUCACUGCUGGUGGGCUCGACUCGUUGUCUGAAUACACUCUUCCUGGGGGACGAGUGUGUCACAGUUUCAUCCCUGGAAUGCGCAACCACAGUGCUGGGCACACGAACGGACCAGGAGGAACCAACCUCUCUCUGCUCUCCAGGAAUCCUCUGGCAGCCACUCACGAGUUUCGCCAGGCUUGUCACGCCUGCUACAGCCGAAUAGGUCCUCGAGUGAUGGACUACAAGUACCAGCCAGAGGCAGCUCACCGCUGCAAGAGAGAUGUCCUGUUAUGUCGUCUCAAAAACACAGAUGAUCCCACCUGGAAGAGGAUUCGCCCCAGGCCCGCGCGGAAUAACUUCCUGGGAGCCUUUGUGCUUUGUAAAGAGGUGCAGGAGCGCCAGGAGUGCCAGUACGGGGAGAACUGUACGUUCGCUUACUGCCAGGAGGAGAUCGACGUGUGGACGCAGGAGAGGAAGGGGGCGCUGAGCCGAGAGCUUCUGUUCGACCCUCUGGGCAGCACCGAGCGGCGGGCGCUCAGCGUCACCAGGCUGCUGCAGCUCCACAUGGGCAUGUUCAUGUUCCUCUGUGAGGAAUGUUUCGACAGUAAGCCUCGGAUCAUCAGCAAACGCAGCAAAGAGAAUCUAGCAGUCUGCUCAAACCUCACAGCACGGCACCCAUUCGAUGAUAACAAGUGCCUGGUCCAUGUGGUGCGCUCGGCUAACGUGCGAUACAGCAAGGUACGGCCCCUGCACCCCCUCUGCCAGUUCGACAUCUGUCGGCAUGAGGUUCGCUACGGCUGCCAGCGGGAGGACAGCUGCUCCUUUGCUCACUCUGUGAUCGAGCUCAAAUGCUGGGUUCUGCAGCAGGACACUGGAAUCACCCAUGAAGAAAUGGUCCAGGAGUCCAAGAGACACUGGCAAAGGCUGGAGCAGAACUCUCAAAAACAACACAAGCCCAUCCACAUCCCCCAUCAGAGCAACAGCAUGCCGGCGGGGGGGAUGGGGGUCCUUGGUGGUGGAGAAGGAGUGGGAGCGGGAGGAGUGGGUCCAUUAGGGGGUGUUGGUGUGGGGGGGCUGGUCGGAGGGCCAGGAAGGGGGCGCCCCCUCAACCUAAAGAUGAAGUUUGUCUGUGGUCAGUGCUGGCGGGAAGGACAGGUCAACGAGCCCGAUAAGAACCUCAAGUACUGCACCGCCAAAGCUCGGCACAGCUGGACGAAGGAACGCAGAGUCCUCCUGGUGAAAUCAUUUGAGAAGAAGAAGUGGGUGGUUGUCCGACCUCUGCCCUUUUCACGCUCCUACCCACAGCAAUACGACAUGUGUGUGCAUGUGAUGAAGCAGAAGAAGUGCCACUACAUUGGGAACUGCUCCUUCGCUCACAGCCUGGAGGAGCGGGACGUUUGGACAUACAUGAAGAACAACAACUUGAGAGACAUGCAGCAGAUGUAUGAGCUGUGGCUCCAGCUCACCAAUCAGAACAGACGGACGGAAAGCUCCGCUGUGACCCCGCCUCCUGACGACAAGCAGGUCACCAUCACAGCCGAUUACACAGAAAACCUGGGAGGCCAGCAUCUGUCCGAUGGUGAUGACCUCUGAUUGUUACUUUCUGUAAACACAUUGGAUCAUUGCAGACAGAGAUGGAGGCGAGCCAACCACGACCGGUUGCAGCCGAAACGCCGAUCAUCAUCCUGCCCUGUCCCCGGCGAGCUGCGAGAAAGCAGACGGGCGCUCAAGAUGUUUGAACCCCAUGAUCACAUAUUCAUCCACUUAAAUCUUUACACACAACACACAGACCCACAGGCACUGCUUAUCACUAAGAGAAGGCUUUUUAAGUAAGAACAAAAAAAUUAGUUUUAGUCAUUCUGCAGGAAUUUCACAGUUUACUCCCCCAAUACUCUUGAGUCUGUGUCCCCCUGCCGCCUUUUUUCUUCUUCUUAGCACUAAAGCGAUUCACACCAGGACACGCUGGUCGCUGUCCAGAAAUUUGCCACAAUAGUUAAAGACGUUGCGCUCUUAUUUUUGAUGCUGAAACGAUACGAGAGCCGAAAAUUGCCAAGCUUCCCAGUGCUUCCAAAUUCAGCUAGAAACCGUGGAAACUGUAAAAGCGCUGGAAAAAGAGGUUUCAGGUGGACACGCCUCAUCAAACUAUCAACCAAAUCCUACUCUUCCCUUUACAGGAAUCAUGAAAACUGAUUUGAGUUUGAGCGUUUUUGCUUUUGUUUUUUUGUUUUUGUUUGUUUUUUUUUUCCCUCGGGGAGUUACACUUCCUUGUUAUAUCUGCCAUAUUGGUAGAAAGUUUUGAAUGUAAAGCCUGAACAGGCCUUCAAAACAAGGAAGUGAGUUGUUUAAGAUGUUAAUGUUGUAGAAUGUAUGCAGAUAUCACUCACCUGCCCUGAAAUCUGGUGACAUGUUAGCUCCAUACCAGCUGCUCCUGCAGCGGAUCGUCGCCCAGAGCCAAAGCUAAGAUCCGUAUCAGUUUGACAGACGAGCGAAAGAAAAUGACUGAGAAGUUUUAAAGAUAUUGGUUUCUUUAAGAAAACUUAAAAUGUGAAUAUAACUGAGGUCGGUAUAGGAGGAACACAGAAAAGUCACUAAUUCAAAAUAGUUGAUUGUAUGAAGAGGAAUUUGUUCCAAUGUUAUUGAAAGAAAGAAGAUGUUUCAGAAAAGGAAAAACUUCAACAAAAGGUUUUAAGAGUAAUUCAUACCUUGUAAGCAAAGGUUUAGCCAAUAUUUUUAGUUUGCUAU